CUACUGUGUUCAUAACGAAUCAUACUACAAUGGCAGAAGUUGCUCCAGCUGCACCAAUCGAGGCUGCACCGGCGAAAGCCCCGAAGAAGAAGGCAGCACCCAGGCCGAAGAAAACUGGCCCGAGCGUAGGCGAGCUCGUCGUGAAGGCUAUUGCUGCGUCUAAAGAGAAGAAAGGCGUCUCCCUUGCAGCGCUCAAGAAGGCUCUGGCAACUGGUGGAUAUGAUGUGGAAAAGAACAAGGCCAGAGUCAAGCUUGCCAUCAAGAGUUUGGUAACGAAGGGAACUCUGGUCCAGACCAAAGGAACCGGUGCAUCCGGAUCGUUCAAGCUGAACAAGGCGAAGGCAGAACCAAAGAAGGCAGCACCCAAAACCAAGAAGCUAGCGGCGAAAAAAACUGCUGCGGCAAAGAAGCCCAAGAAGGCAGUGGCGAAGAAACCUGCAACAAACAAAAAGUCCCCGAAGAAAGCAGUAAAGAAGCCCGUUGCGCCAAAACCCAAAAAGGCAACGAAGAGCCCAAAGAAGGCCAAGAAGCCCGCGGCACUCAAAGCAACGAAGAGCCCUAAGAAAGUUAAGGCAGUGAAACCCAAGGCAGCUAAGCCUAAAGCUGCCAAACCCAAAAAGGCUGCUGCACCCAAGAAGAAGUAAACGUCUCGCACAUUCUUCCGGUCAGCAUCAUCACGGUGUACUAAAAGGCUCUUUUAAGAGCCACCCAAAUCUUUUUUUGAUGCAUCUAUUCCAAGAUCACUUUGUGUUGUAUAUGUAACUCAUCAGCGUCUGAAGCCAUUUACUUUACCACUAUUUAUAAUACUAAAGAUCUUUAUGUAUCGA